AUGAACCCGUCCGAUAGAGGUCACAACAGUUCCGGUGGUGACAGAUUCGUUGCCACGACCGGGGGUCGAAACAUCCCCAAACAGAUCCAUAUCGCCCACAGAAGGUCAGCCAGCGAGCUGACAAACCUCAUGAUAGAGCAGUUCACACUCCAAAGACAACUGGAAAUUGUGCAGGCCCAACAGCAGCAAUUGAUUGCACAGCAGCAACAGAUGGCUCAGCAAUCGGGCCAGUAUCCUGGAUCCGGGUUUCCACCCCCAAAUCAAAGUUCUGGAGGCGGUCCAGGAAGCCACGUCAACUCCUUUGUUCCACAGCCACCCCACCCUAUGUACAGCAACACGGCCACUCCAUCAUCGUCAAACCAUAACAGCAGAAGCAGAUCGCAUUCCAGAAACAAUUCAGGCUACUACAACAACAGCAACCCACAGGGAAACGGUAACAACAAUGAUGCUGGUGCGGCUUUCGGAGGUCAUCGUAAGACGGGAUCUCAGUCAAGCGUGUAUGGCCAUAAUAGAAGACACUCACUGGGACUUAGCGAAGCCAAGAAAGCAGCUGCUGAGGAACAGGCGAAAAGGGCCAGUAGUGGUGUUUCCAUCAAGGUGGAUGACGCAGAUGCGUUCGAACCGGUUGGAAAUGCUGGUUCAGAAACUGCGGAACAAUCCGGAUUCAAGUUUCCUCCAUCUCCCGUAGAAUCGUCAAGAGGUGGCGCUACACCUCACCAACUAAGGAAUUCAAGCACGUCUCCACAGAAGAAUUUUGAGUUCCCUGCAAGCAAGGAGAACCGGGAUGAAUUCACGCCUAGCAACACUCCUCUCAGAAGCACUCAUAACAGAGGCAAAGAAAGUUCUGGAAUUAAUGCCAACUGGCGCUCGCAGCAACAAACUUCCAAUACUCCUGGCAAUCAAUCUACACAGCAGCUACAGCCCCAACAAUUGCAACAGCAACACCCAAAUUUUCCGCACAAGAAAACUCAAUCAAGAGAGUUUACAGGGUUCGGUGCUUUGGAGCCUCCUGCAGUUUUUCAACCCGGCCAUCGUUCGCGCAACUCUAACUUGUCGUCUCACAGUUUCGGAUCAAACAAUAACGGUGGUAACCAAAACGGUAGGAAAUCACUGUUUGCUCCUUACCUGCCACAGGCCAAUAUACCAGAAUUAAUCACAGAAGGUAGACUGGUUUGUGGAAUUCUUAGAGUCAACAAGAAAAAUAGAUCAGAUGCUUGGGUCUCCACUGAUGGUGUCCUUGAUGCUGAUGUGUACAUUUGCGGUUCUAAAGACCGUAAUAGAGCGCUAGAAGGAGAUCUUGUAGCCGUUGAAUUGUUAAUGGUUGACGAUGUUUGGGGUUCAAAGAAAGAAAAAGAGGAAAAAAAGAGAAGAAAAGACGCCAGCAGCCAACAGGAUAUCCCGCUCAACAGUAAUGAUGACUAUCACAAUGAUGCCUCUUCUCGCACAAUGCCCGCAUCGACUUCUUCCACUUCUAUCAACUCUGGGGAAAAAACUGAUCAAUCUUCACCGUCCAAGUCUGGCAGCAUCAAGAGGAAAGGAUCUUUGAAACAGCGUCCUACUCAAAAGAAAAAUGACGACGUUGAAGUCGAAGGUCAGUCUUUAUUGCUUGUUGAAGAGGAAGAGAUCAGCGAUAGCUAUAAGCCUUUAUACGCUGGUCAUGUCGUUGCAGUGCUUGAUCGCAUUCCUGGUCAGCUUUUCAGUGGUACCCUUGGUCUGUUGAGACCCUCCCAGCAAGCCAACAGCGAUGCAAACAAGCCCAACAAACCGAAGAUCGUUUGGUUCAAACCAACUGACAAAAAAGUUCCAUUGAUCGCCAUUCCAACGGAGCAAGCACCAAAAGACUUUGUCGAAAGUGCCGAUAAGUACUCCAACAAGCUAUUUGUUGCCUCCAUUAAACGUUGGCCGAUCACUUCGCUGCAUCCCUUUGGUACCUUGGUUUCACAGCUUGGAGAAAUUAAUGAACCCGAGACCGAGAUAGAUGCCAUUCUUCGUGACAACAACUUUUUAUCUGAUGAGUAUUUGGAUCCUCAAGAUCGCUCGAAAGAAAGAACGACUUUUCAACCUUCUUCCUUAUCGGAAGAAAAUAUCAGCGCCAGAAAAGUUUUUGAUGACGCAGUUGCCGUCUACGAGACCGGCUCGCUGUCAGACCUAGCGAUUCAUCUGCGAACAUUCAAAGAUGGAUCAUUUGAGGUCGGCUGUCACAUUCUUGAUGUAACGGCGCAUAUUGAAGAAGGCUCGUCUUUAGAUAGAAGAGCAAGAAAGCGGUCUUCGAGUGUUUUUAUACCUCAAAAAGUUGUUAACCUGCUGCCACAAACCCUUAACGAUGCGCUAACGCUAAAGGCUGGGAGAUCUUCAGCGACUAUUUCGGUCAUUUAUGGCUUCGACAGGAACUACAGUAUUACUUCUACAUGGGUUGGCGAAAGCAUCAUUACUCCGGUAUCUAACAUUACGUUUGAGGAACUCAACACUCAACUUGACUCGAGCUCACCAUCAGUAUUCGCGUCGACCAUUCAGAAGGUAGCAACAGCUUUUUGUCGUAAGCGCCUAGAUUCACAAACUGCACUUUUGAGACCCGAGCUUUGCUUGCUGGAAAGUCUUGAUGAUGAAAAGGUGAAGGCCGACAUCAACAUUUUCCACGCGGACAUGGCUACGUCAGUUAUUACAGAGAUUGAGCGUCAAGUGAAUGGCACUGUUGCACAAACGGUUUAUGAGAGGCUUGGAGACCUUGCCUUUUUGAGAAGACAAUCUAAGCCCAUAGCAACAAAGCUGAAUUCUUUUCAAAAGAAGGCCGAACGGCUCGGAUAUGAAAUUGAUGUUACCAACUCUCAAACUAUUUUGAAUUCGAUCAUUGCGAUAAAGGAUGAAAACGCCAGAAUUGGUGUCGAAGUACUUUUAUACAAGUGCUUGGGACGUGCAAAAUAUUUUGUUGCAGGAAAAGUCGACUCUGAUCAAUUUGACCAUUUCGCUUUGAACUCACAACUGUAUACCCAUUUCACCGCUCCUUUGAGAAGAUAUGCCGAUCAUGUUGUUCAUCGUCAACUAAAAUGCGUCUUAGCAGGGCUUCCGUACAAUGAAGAUGAUGAUUCUUUGAAAAUUACCUCAGAGUAUUGCAAUUUUAAGAAGGACUGUGCUCAUCACGCUCAAGAACAAGCCAUCCAUCUACUCUUGUGCAAAACCAUUAAUGACAUGGGGAAUUCAACGGGACAAAUUUUGACUAUGGCGACUGUGCUGCAAGUGUACGAAUCAGCGUUCGAUGUUCUGAUUCCCGAAUUUGGAAUCGAAAAGCGAGUUCAUGGUGAUCAAUUACCGUUGACCAAGGCAGAAUACGAUGGCAACGAGCGUGUUCUUGAACUCUAUUGGCAAGCUGGCGUUGACAGUGCCACAUUUGUUCCAGCUGACGAAAAAAAUCCUAAGUCGUACCGUAAUUCAAUCAGAAACAAGUUCAAGUCUGCUUCUAACGAGAUAGCAACCGUGCAAUACCAGAAGGACCAAGAGAAACAAGGUCUGCUUACCGAAGACUUUGCCAGGCAACUCAGCAACCUACACAUUGAUCCACCAUCCUUAAAGCUUCCUGUGAACGAUCAGGUCGACGAGCCACUUUUGGGAUUUUUGUCCGAAGUUAUCACCAGACAAGCAAAUGACAACAACAUCCAGGAGAUCAGAGAACUGCACCGUGUUCCCGUUUUAUUACGGGCAGAAGUGGGAAUGGCCUUACCAUGCCUAACGGUACGUGUACUGAACCCUUUUCAAUCGCGUAAAGGUUGA